AUGGCUGUUACUACGACACCUAGAAUACGUCGCACGCCGCAAAACACGCAAUUCACCUACAAUCUUUCGCGACGCGUUUACGAUGUCAAAACAUACCCGAUACUCUCGCCGCAGGGGGCUACGAUUCUAAUCUAUGGUCACGAAAACGGUGUGACAUUAAUCUGGCGAGGCGGCCGAAGAUUUAAAUCCAGUGGUGACGAACAUCCUACUGAACCAAAUGGGGCGGCAUCCAAACAUAAUGACGAUGCGGUUAUGGUUAUCGACUCGGAUGACGAAGCUGGUGACCAGGCCUCGGGCAAUGCGUUCGUCGAUAAGCCAGAGUUUGAAGAAACGACAGAACAGGGUCCGUACCCAGAAGUUGUUCAAACGCUGGAUCUUUCUUUUGGCACACCGGUAUUGAACGUCGCAGUAAUGCCGUUGGAUCUUGCCACAAAGACUGCGGGAGGUGCAUCAACAGCCCUUUUGGGCGAAACCAUCGUCUUUGCAGUCUCUUGCAUUACAAACGAUGUUUAUGUUAUAACACUUCCGCUGACACCCCCUUCGCCUCUCAGCAAAGCUCGACCUACUCUAAAGGGCGACCUACUGGCGGGCAAGGCUGGUUCUGGUGUUUGGGGCGAGUCGCUUAUUCUGCUUGCCGGCCAGAGUAAGCGUAGCGAAGGGCUAGCCAUCAGCCUCGUCAAGCCUACUGGAACUGGCAAAAAUGCUAAGCCUCUGAGAGCUGUGGUGGCCUCCCACUCGAAGCAUGCGUCUGGCGUCUUGCAACUCUGGGAUGUCCCUCUCGAUGCGAAAUCGAAACCCGAACACCCACUUGAGCCCUUCCAGACCGAAUUCCUUCCCUCGCCGCUAAAGAAGAUUUCAUUCAACCCGACUCACACUACACAAUUGCUUACCGUUGCGUCGCCCAAUGCCGUUAGGAUAUAUGACUACGCUGUGUCGUCACUUCCGCCAGAUUCAGAAGCUACCGGCCCAUUUCCAGCGCAAGGCUCUUGGCUCCUUUCACUUUAUCAGCCAUUUGCUCGACCUUCACAAACAAGGAAACCUAUUCUUGAUGCGGCAUGGAUUUCACAUGGGCGAGCCAUAUUUACACUACUGGCUGACGGCAUGUGGGGUGUUUGGGAUGUUGAUGGUGCUAGUCCCAUAUCUUCUGGUGCUACGAUUUCCACAAAGCUCAAGUCGGGUGUGAAGGGUGCCUCAUUAACGGCCUUUAGCAUCUCUGGCUAUGUUGAGGGAACAAGCUCUCUAAGGAACAUUGCUGCCAACGUGAAGGAGAACAAUUCGGGAGAAUUCGCGCCAAUGACACCGCAUACACGGAAGCAAGCGACGGCAUCUCUUAGUUCGAAUGCCACGCUCGACCGUCUAGCGACUGUUCAUGGUGGCAUCAGUGUGGCUACAAUUCCCACCGCUGGUAAGAAUAUACAAGAUGAAAGUAUUGCCUUGUGGGUCGGUGGGCUCGAGCAUGUCUGCAUUAUUCCUGGAAUGGCAAGAUUUUGGGAUUCGCAACUUCGCAAAGGAGGCGGUGGUGGUGUCAACCUAUUUUCGGGAGCACAGCCGACACGGAUGGUCAAGCUGACAGACCUUUCCACUGGUCUACUUGGAGAACCAUGCUGUGGAGUUGAUCUGAUCGCGAAUUCACCUGGCAACAGCGACGCAGCUAACCAAGAAGGCGGGCUUCCUGCUGAAGUUGUUAUCCGUGGUGAAACGAGAGUGGUCAUUGUGAGGGAUGGUGACGACGGACAAACUUGCAAAGUUGGCACUGUUGGAUCACGGCGCCGACUCUUUUCCAAGGAAAUGCCCAGUGCUAUUAUUGUACAUGGCGAGAAGGACAAGUCGCAGCGAAUGUCAUUCAACCUUAGCACUGCCAAGGCAGGCUCUCUUAGAUUUAAAUCGUUUAACCAAGACGCUGCUAGCGCUGACGAAGAUGCCCGCGCUGCAGGCUUGUCCAGGCCACGCGUCGGCUUCGACUUUGCCAGCACCCUGGCAGAUGCUGCUGAUGCUUCGGCCGAUCUUUCGAGAGAUGUUGAAGCUGAAAUGCUUGGAAUCAUGGACAUUGACCAGGCAUUGGAAGCAAUGGAGGAUACUCGUGGAAGUGGAAGAAAAAAGGUCUUUUUCGAGCAAUAG